UCGACAAUGAUGACAUGAAGUCGUCGAAACGUCAUGUAACUUUACUUAUGUUAAUUUUCCUGCUUAAGUGUUUUUCGAAAUCGUUUUUUAGAGGAACUUAAUUUGCUCUAGGUUAAACUUAAUAUUCAAAAACCUUAAUUUGCCUAGUCUGUCCACAGAUGGGUUUUUUUAUUUGCAAGCAACAGGAGCGAUCACGAAGCAGGUAGAAAAAAAAUUUAAAUAGUUUGGAUGGCUGAUGUCAGGUAGUGAAAGUUCUUUCACAUCUGGCAAUACCUAGCCCAGUACUCUUGCAUCUCUUCUUCUCAGAAGCUAACAAUAGGCUAUUGAUAUUCAUGUCCUUAAGAAACAGCAAGAAGAAGCAAGAAGGAAACAGGAGGAAGACUUGAGAAGAAAACAGGAACAGCAGGAAGCUCUCCGGAAACAGGAACACCAACGGCAGCAGAUGGAGCAACAGAAACAGAAAGAGGAACAAAAGAGGAUGAACGAGUUACGACAACAGCAACAGCAGGCUCUGUUGCGACUUCAGCAACAGCAGCAGGAGCUGCUGAGAAAGAAAGAGAUGCAACAGAAAGCUGAAAUGCAGCAGCGAGAAUUACAGCAGAAGUUACACCAGAAGAGACAGGAGAGUCAGGUGUCUGGUGGAUCUCUGUGGGGUGCUCCUACUCCUGUAUCAGGGACCAUGUCAAUUGCUCAGAUUCAACAGCAAGAGGAAAGGGACAGACAGCAGCGAGAACUUAAAUUACAGCAGCUCCAAGCUCAACAGCGCGAACAACAGGCACGGGGAGUGCCAAGCUGGGCAGAGAGGCCUGCUGUGGUGAACCAGCCUGUCAAGUCAUUGCUGCAGAUUCAACAGGAACAGGCACAACAACAGAAUAAGAGACAACAGGGACCUGCGCUCUCUAGAUCACAGCCCAGUCACAAUCCUCUGAGUUCCUCAGUCUGGGGAAAUACUGGCCAUCUUUCGACAUCCUGGGGACCUGCUCCUAAUUCUGCAAACAUCUGGGCCACAGCGCCGUCUAAACCCUCACCGCAGCGUUAUGAUGACGACGACGAUGACGAUGACGACGAUGAUGAAAGCGAUGACGACAGUAAUGGAGAUUCCUUCUGGGAUGAUGCUGUCAAGGCUGCCCGCAAGAGCCGGGAACAGCACCAGCCUCUGCCACAACGGCAGCAGCCAAAGCCGAGCCACCUUCAAGCCAACAAGAUGCCUGAUAAACGAACAAACAGAGAUGAGGAAAACUUACGGCGACUCUUUCAGAAUCAAUCAAGUGCUGACGAGUUUUCUCUGUGGUGUGACCAGGCUCUUCGCAGCUUAAAUAAUGCCUCAGGAGUAGACAUUCCAACGUUUUCAGCGUUUCUCAAAGAUAUCGAAUCACCUUACGAGGUUUACGAAUACGUCAAGUCUUAUCUGGGAGACAAUCGAGAUACCAGAGAAUUUGCUCGGGAAUUUAUCGAAAGACGAAAGAAACAGAGAGACAAAACUGCGGCUUCUCUUCCGAGCUUUCCUCAAGCCAGCGUGUGGGGUGCUCCUGUUCCUCGAGGGCCAUCUGCGGGAAGGCCAACAAGUGUGAAUCAAUCAGGUGCCUUCUUAUCGGGGCCAGUCCAGGAGGACCCGCAAGACGCCAUGAAUAAAAAGAAGCGAAAGAAAAAGAUGCAAAAAGUUGAUCCAAGCAUCCUGGGAUUCAGUGUCAACGCAGCGGAUCGUGUCAAUAUGGGAGAGAUACAAACUGUCGAGGAUUAACCGACACAAAGACUUGCUAAGAAAUACAAUGAAGGCGAGCGAGCGAGCGGGCGAGCCGCGUCCAGCAAUUGUCCGAAGAGGAAAAAAUGUUUUAUAUUUAGACAACACAAGGAUUAGUGAAUUUUAAUAGCUUACCGUGAGGAACGGUGGAGAAAUAUGGCGACUGUACAAACUGUAAAUGGCGAACAACAGCUUAAGCCUUAAUAUAGCUGAAAAUAUUU